AGACGCGUUUAAAAACGCCCAAGCUGGAGAACGCAAUUACCGCGUUUUGUUUUAUCGUCACCCUACAGACGAACAUAAUGACGUCGUCAUGAGAAGCGCACGGGUAUUCCGUGGAUUCCCUUGAUAGACAGAUCGCUUCAAGUAUUUUUUGUCCAGCAGAGGCUUUGUUGAAGAGAUGCACUUGUGAUUUUUGUCAGACUGCAUCCGUUUCCGAUUACAGCGAUGUAGUUUCCACUUCUAUGCCUUUUAUUAUUAGUUAAAGUUGCGGUUGAGUUGCAUCUGCAUUGCAUUCCUCUCUUGUCUUGGACCGAUCUGGAGAAAGAAUGGGAUUGCCUGCGUUAGAGUUCAGCGACUGCUAUUUGGACAGCCCGCAGUUCCGAGAGAGGCUGAAGUCUCAUGAAAUGGAAUUAGAGAAGACCAAUAAGUUCAUCAAGGAGCUGAUCAAGGAUGGGAAAGCUUUAAUUCAAGCACUGAAAAAUCUGUCCACAGCAAAGAGAAAGUUUGCAGAGUCGCUGAACGAGUUUAAAUUCCAGUGCAUUGGUGAUGCAGAAACAGAUGAUGAGAUAUGCAUUGCUAAAUCACUACAGGAGUUUGCUGGAGUCUUACAGAACCUGGAAGACGAGAGGACACGAAUGAUUGAAAAUGCCAAUGAUGUGUUGAUCUUGCCGCUGGAGCGCUUUAGGAAGGAGCAGAUUGCAGCUGCAAAGGAGGCCAAAAAGAAAUAUGAUAAAGAAACAGAGAAGUAUUGUACCGUGUUGGAGAAACAUCUCAGCCUGUCUGCCAAGAAGAAGGAAGCACACCUUCAUGAAGCGGAUAACCAGGUGGACCACGUGAGGCAGCACUUCUAUGAGGUCUCACUGGAAUAUGUCUUCAAAGUGCAAGAAGUUCAGGAAAGGAAAAUGUUCGAGUUUGUGGAGCCGUUGCUGGCUUUUCUACAGGGUCUAUUUACAUAUUAUCACCAUGGGUACGAACUGGCCAAAGACUUCAACCAUUUCAAGACAGACCUCACUAUCAGCAUUCAAAAUACUCGGAACCGGUUUGCGAGUACACGUUCAGAGGUGGAAUGUUUGAUGAAGAAGAUGAAGGAAAACCCACACGAACACAAGAGCAUCAGUCCGCACACAAUGCAGGGAUAUCUGUUUGUGCAGGAGAAACGUCCCUUUGUGUCCACAUGGGUGAAGUACUACUGCUCCUAUCAUCGAGAGCCCAAACGCAUGACCUUGAUGCUGUUCGAUCAGAAGUCUGGAGGCAAAAAUGGAGAUGAGGAAAGCUUUACGCUCAAAUCUUGCACCAGAAGGAAAACGGACUCCAUUGAGAAGAGGUUCUGCUUUGACAUUGAAGCCGUGGACCGGCCUGGCGUGAUCACCAUGCAGGCGCUGUCAGAAGAAGACCGCAGACUCUGGAUGGAAGCCAUGGACGGAAGAGAACCGGUGUACACCCUCAAUCGGGAUAGCCAAAAUGAAGCCAUGGCCCAAUUAGAUGUCAUCGGCUUCAACAUUGUCACAAAAUUCAUCUAUGCCGUAGAAACCAGAGGUAUUGAUGAACAGGGACUAUACAGGAUCGUCGGCGUCAACUCCAGAGUGCAGAAACUACUCGGCCUGGCCAUGGACCCCAAAACCUGUGCAGAUGUGGAGCUGGACAGCACAGAAUGGGAGAUCAAGACCAUCACCAGUGCAAUAAAGCACUACCUCAGGAUGCUGCCGGGCCCUCUCAUGACAUACCAGUACCAGAGGAACUUCAUCAAAGCAGCCAAACUUGACAAUCCCGAGGCGAGGGUGGCCGAGAUCCACUCCAUAGUGCACCGUCUCCCGGAGAAGAACCGCCAGAUGUUGGAGCUUCUCAUGAAACACUUGGCCAAAGUGGCCAGUCACCACCAGCAGAAUCUGAUGACGGUCGCUAACCUAGGCGUAGUGUUCGGCCCUACACUUCUGAGGCCUCAGGAGGAGACCGUCGCAGCGAUCAUGGACAUCAAGUUCCAGAAUAUUGUGGUAGAAAUCCUGAUUGAGAACCAUGAACGGAUUUUCAAAGACAUGCCAGCGUCUGGAGGAGGGCAGGGCAACACCCAGCUCAACCUGCCCAGGCGGAGAAGUGCGGAUGCCAAGGCCCCGUCCUGCAGUGAGAGACCCCUCACGCUUUUCCCCACACCCACGUUCUCAGAGAAAGACAAAGCAGUGGAGAAGAGGAACAGUAUGGUUGUAAACUCCAGUGCGGACUCAGUAAAUUGCGACAGCACACACAACUGGACUCGACUCAACAGCCUGCCCACCGGAGACGGAGAUCAUGAUGGGCUUCAACUGGCCAAACCGAGUCAGCCUAAUUCACUUCAAAAUCCAAAGGUUCGCAGCAGUACGUCAACAAGCCCAGCUUCACCUAGUCCCACUUCACCGCGCUCCCCCUCGUGGCCGAUGUUCUCUGCCCCCUCCAGCCCCCAGCUGGCCUCAAGCCCCUCCAGCGAAUCCUCCCCCCUCAGCACUCCGCUCCGAAAAGCACGUGCGCUCUACGCCUGCAAGGCUGAGCAUGACUCUGAGCUGUCCUUUAUCGCAGGGACCAUAUUCGACAAUGUUCAUCGGUCUAGAGAGCCAGGUUGGCUGGAGGGCACCUUGGAUGGGAAGACGGGGUUGAUUCCGGAGAACUACGUGGAGUUUGUUUAGACGCUGUUGGUUGGAGUCUUUGG